AUGUUUGUCCUAAGGGACAGGCUAUUCUUCCAUCAACAAUGCAUAUAUUACCACAAAUGCGGUACAUAUACAUGCGACGGAUAUAAAUCGUUCACAAUUCAAGUCAACAAAGAUAACAUUGGAAGACAAUGGGAAAGCGUCACAUGCACAAAAGAAAACGCAACUAAGGAAUUUUCUUUGCCAUUAGGUUACUAUCCCAGGAAAGUUUCUUGUGUUGAUCCUGAAAGAUUCUGCAGAUCUGUGAAACUGAACGAGAUGAAGUUUGUUGUUGACCCAUUCGACCCUAACUCAAAGCAACUGAGCAGUGAUUCUCCAACACCAACAGCACCAGAAUCAGGAGGAUAUGAAAAUCCAACUAUAUAUGGAAGAAAUGACGAUCAACCAGAAUCUGGAGGCGAUGGAAAAGAAAGUUCAGGUGGAAAUUCGAAGGGAAGAGAAGCAAAACAGAAUGCGAAAAAGAUUAUAAUCAUCUCAACUUGCUCCGCAGCCGCAGCUUUAAUUGUGAUUGCAGUGAUUGUUGCUUUCGCUGUAUAUUCAGCUAAGAAAGCAAAAGAAAACGCGCAGAACGAAGAACCUGA